GUCGCUUUUGGACCGUAGGUUUGACACGUUUUUGCUUUAUCUACAUCUAGUAAAUUGUGAAACUUAGAUAUCUAAACAUAAAUUUAUUUAGUACUGAACUAAUUGAAGAUGUCUCAAUUUAAAUUUUGGAACGAUGUAAAUAACAUUCUGAGUUUGGAGGGACCAAUAACGAAAGGACCUCAACCAAGGUGGGAAAAAAAUAAAAGCAAAAAUGCUUCGCUAAAUAAUACCAGCAAUUUAAAUUCGUCCAAACAAAAGUCGUUUUCAUCUUCCUCAAUCAGUUUAUUAAAGACGCCGUCGAAAGGAUCAGAAAGUGAAAAGGUUUUACGGUCUAAAACGCCUUCAAAAACUCCAUUAAAGAAAUCAAAAACCCCUACUCCAAAUAAAGGUGCCAAAACUCCAGGAGGGGAUCGAUUUAUACCAUCAAGAGUUGCCAGUAAUUUGGAGCUAGCCCAGUUUAAGUUAUCCCAAGACGAAAAUCAGCCUGAGAGUCCAACUUCAAUGGAACUGCGUAGAGUUAUCUCAGAAAACAUGUGUGGUAAAGGCGGUAGUCAAAAGGUAUUCUCUUAUGCACAUAAAGCUCCUGCUGCCCCAGAAGGCUUUCAAAAUCCAAUGAGAGUGCUGUAUUCCCAAACGAAGACACCAGCAUCUAUAAAAGCCACAAACCGAUAUAUUCCACAUGCUCCUGAUAGAAUUUUAGAUGCACCAGAUAUAGUAGAUGAUUACUAUCUUAAUCUUUUGGACUGGGGUGCUAACAAUAUUUUAGCAGCUGCGUUAGGAUCUCAUGUUUACUUAUGGAAUGCUGGAACUGGGAACAUUGAUCAGCUCUUAGAACUGGAGGGUAAUGAUUAUGUAUGUUCUCUGUCAUGGAUACAAGAAGGCGACGUAUUGGCUGUGGGUACAACCCAGGGUACAAUAGAGCUCUGGGACUGUGCUCGGUCGAAACGACUCCGUAUUAUGAACGGUCACUCUGCAAGGGUUGCUUCAUUAUCAUGGAACUCUUUCAUUUUAUCUAGUGGAUGUCGAAGCGGCAAAAUUAUACAUCAUGAUGUUAGGACUAGGGAACACAUUGUUGCCACAUUAUCGGGUCAUACCCAAGAGGUUUGUGGACUUAAGUGGUCAACUGAUGGAAAGUACCUUGCUAGUGGUGGUAAUGAUAAUCUUUUAAAUGUGUGGUCCGCCGUUGGUGGACAAUAUUACUCAGAUUUAAGUCCACUUUACUCAUUUACCCAUCAUCAAGCUGCUGUAAAAGCUCUGGCUUGGUGCCCUUGGCAACCUCAUGUGUUAGCAAGUGGCGGUGGCACUGCCGAUAGACAUAUUAGAUUCUGGAACUGUCAUACAGGGUCCUGUAUUAAUUCAAUUGAUACCAAGUCUCAGGUGUGCGCAUUGCUAUGGGCAACAAAUUACAAAGAACUUGUUUCGGGACAUGGAUUUGCAAAUAAUGAAGUUAUUAUAUGGAAAUACCCGUCCAUAACAAAGGUAGCAGAGUUGAACGGCCACACAGCAAGAGUCCUUCACUUGGCAAUGUCUCCUGAUGGUUCGACUAUAUUGUCUGCUGGCGCAGAUGAAACCUUGAGGUUAUGGAAAUGCUUUGUAAAAGAUCCAGUUAAAGCCAAGAAGAAAGAUGAAACCGGCAAAGUUAAACCAAGCGCUUUGAGACAAUGUAUUAGAUAGUUUUUCCUGUGCAUGUUUCGUUUUUGACUGAUUGUGCUGUAUUGUAAUUUAUUUUUGACAAGUUUGUCCCCAUUUAUGUAAUGGACUGGUUCUAUUCUGCUAAUUGAAUGAAGUCAUAUUUUAAUAACUGUGUUUAUUUUUUAUUUUUGCUCUGUAAUAUUCACAUAAAUUUCAAAAAUUUUAAUUUUAAAUUUUUAUCUAUGUAGCAAUUUUCUAUCUUUGUUAAAUUGUUGUGGUCUCUAUUAUCGGCCCACCUAACGACUUGAGGAUAGCAGCGAAUAUGGGUUAUUUGUU